AUGUCAAUACCUGUGUAUCAAAAUGGCAAUCCGGCCCCAACUCCGAUUACCUCAGUCUUGCCUUGUCUCGAGCCCACCACUAAAAUAGAUUGGGCUCGACAGGCAACAGGGCUACAUACUCCUCGCAAUCUCACUCCCCCGGCAGAAACGCGUGCAACUAGGCCUGCAUAUUCGCCUAUCAUCAUUGCUGGAACACCUGCUUUAGGCGUAGGCACCCGAGACACAAGUAUAAGGUGGGGAGGAAUAGACCGCACGGAGUGUCUAUUCUAA